UUUGCGCAGCUCUACUACAGCAGAUGGAGGACACUGCAGCUACCCUGGCGAAAGAGCUUCUUUCGAGGGUUUGACCUCGAUGGCAACAAGUACUUUGAGUCGCAUAAUCCACUCAACCCGGCCAAGUUUAGGCGGACCGUCAAGUAUGUGCAUGACGGACACUAUACAGACAACAAUGUGACGCCGCAGUGGAUGUCCUGGCUACGGCAUACGAAAAAGGAUGCACCGACGCUCGAUGAGCUGUAUGCUGAGGUGGCACGGAUCCACUCAACCCGUCAAAACGCCCAGCUCGUGCAUCAGCGAUGGGAAGAUGAGAAGCAGAGGUUGGCAGCACCUCAGCAGGAU